AUGACCAAAACUACCGAGCCUUCCAAGAAGAAGGAGGGAGCCUAUCACCAGGUUCAUUUUUCGGACGAGGAAGAUGAGGCCCGUGCUUCUGGCUCUGGUUCUCUGAGCAACGGCAAGCAGAAGCAGAAGCAGAAGCAGAAGGAGAAGGAGAAGGAGCGUGAAGGAGACGCUCCUUCCUCGUCUGGAAGCGAGAAGCCCGACGAAAAGCAUAAAAGCGACUGUGACCGCGUCGGCAACCGAAACAACAACACCAACAAAACUUACCGUCCUGCUCCCAUCAUCGGCGCCAACCCUACGCACGGCGUCAGCUACGGAACACACUUCUCGACCAACCCUGGCCGCUCAGUUGGCCCUGCUGGCUAUAUCAACUUCUCUGCCAACCUCAAGAACCCCGGCAGCAACCAGCUUCCGACCAUCGAUCAGAUUCCGCUCAACACCAACCCCGGCCACAUCAUCCCCGACCCAGCCAUGGCCGAUUACCAGUUCGGCGGUCCUCGCCCUGCUGGCCCCAGCUACCAGCCCCCCGUUCCUGACACGACCUACGGACCAAUGACCCAUGUCUACCGCCCUCGGUUUGACAACGGGGCCUACUUUGUCCAUGGUCAGAAUGUCUGUAACGAUCCUUCUUUCUUUGUUCCCCGCACUGUUUUCCCGCCUGCUGGAUAUCUGGUCGACCGUCCCAUCCUUCCCAACAACAGCCCCGCCUACUAUCAUUACUAUGCAAGUCGUCCCAUGUAG